UAAAUACUAUGUCUUAUUAUAUACUGACAGCCUUGUCUUGGUCUUGAAUUUUGGCUAGCUUGACCCGUUGGACCAUUGGCCCUUCAUCUGUAUAUUUAAAAAGGGAAAAAAAAAUUCUGACAUGAGAUUUCUUGCUGUACUCACUCUAUCGUCAAGCCUUUUCUGCUGAACAAAGCGUGAUGACCUCAUAUUGGAAACCAACUCCGUGGAGCAAACAAAAACGUAACCAUUUAGUCAACACGGAUUCAGAAUGCUUGCCACCGACAGGAGAGAGGAAUUUAACGUCCCCGAAUAUGCAAUGUUCAAUGCCAAUAUCCCGACGGUCGAUUCAUCUCAACUUCCACCAUGGUCUCAAAGCAAAAAACAAUCCUUGUCACGGGCGCCUCGGGCUUCAUGGGGACGCACAUUGUAGAGGAAUUCCUAUCAGCAGGAUACAUUGUGCGAGGCACGGUGCGCAGCGAAGAGGCCGCGCUGAAGGUACGGCGUACGUUCCCGGACCAGGAGUCCCGACUGGACCUCACGAUCGUGCCAGACAUGGCGCAAGCGCACGCCUUUGACGAGGCCGUCAAGGAUGUCCACGGGGUCGUGCACAAUGCGUCGCCCUUCCACACGCAGGUGCAGAGCAACGAGCGCGAGCUCCUUCGGCCCAGCAUCGACGGCACGACCAACAUCCUCAGCGCGGUGCAGGCGCAUGCCCCGGACGUCAAGCGCGUGGUCCUCACCUCCUCCUUCGCCGCCAUGGUGGAUAUGUCGCUGGGGAACCGGCCGGGACACGUCUACAGCGAGAAGGACUGGAAUCCCAUCACAUACCAACAGGCGAAGAAGGCGCUCACCCCGCCCGUGCUGGCGUACACGGCGGCCAAGACGGGCGCCGAGCACGCCGCCUGGGACUUUAUGCAGGCGAGUUAUCCGCAUUUCGAUCUCGUCACCAUCCUGCCCGCAAUGGUGUACGGGCCCAACCGCAACGCAACGGCCAACCUCGCCAGCCUGAACACCUCCUCCGCCGAUCUGUACCGCAUCAUGUCGCCCGAGAGCAAGCCGGACGACCCUGUUCCCCCCAACGUGCUGUAUUCGUGGGUCGACGUGCGCGACGUGGCGUUCGCCCACCGCCGCGCCUUCGAGGUCCCCGAGGCGGGCGGGAACCGGUUCUUCCUCUGCGAGGGCAACUUCACCAACCAGCAGGUCGCGGACAUCCUGCGCGACAAGCUGCCCGAGCUGAGAUCCCGGGUCCCCGUCGGCACGCCGGGCAGCGGCUUCGAGGGCGUCGACAUGUACAAGAUCGAUCACUCGCGCUCCGAGAAGGUCCUCGGCGUCAAGUACCACUCCCUAGAGCAGACGGUCGUCGAUUCUGCAAAGGCAUUCUUGCAGUUGGAGCAGAGAAUGCCUGUCGUGGUUUAGUGGGGUUCUUCCUUUAGUUGUAUAAUGCCCCAGCUAUUACUGAAAUAUAAUCCCACUGCCCAGAUUAGAGUCUAUAGAACGAUACAUUGUAACAAAUGCACCAAUGCAGUUGGUAGCUGUCUAUGCGGUUUCUCUCCUCAAUGUCCAAUCAAUCAUAUCCGCAUCGUCAAUAUGGAUGGCAUUCAGGACCCUGUCCCACAAACCUGGAUCAUCAUUGAUGUCGAAUGUGAAAUCAAUAUCUCUUGCAGCUGGCAUAGAGCCUGGCAGUGGCCACUCGGGCAUCGGCCCACUUCCUGCUUCCUGAAUGUCUCCUUGGGGGUCCUUGGGCACCCCAAUCGGCUGGGAGGUUCCCGGGGGCUCGA